AUGGCACGCUGGAGAGUGGUCGGAAUCAACUUCGACCACAUGCACAUGGGCGAUCUUUUGCGCAACGCAUCCGACCAUCCCGACGUCGACAUCGUAGGCGUUUGCGAUCGCCAGGCGGAUCGGAUGAAGGAUGCGGUCGCGGCUUUUGAUAUCGCGCCGGAGCUAGUCUUCAGUGACGUGGCGGAGUGCAUUCGCCGGACCAAACCCGACCUCGUCAUCCUCUGCCCGGCGACCGCGGAUCACGCCGUUGCCUACGAGGAGUGCUGCAGCUUCGGGGUGGAUGUCUUGAUGGAGAAGCCGUUCGCAGCUAACAUUCGAGACGCGAGGCGGAUGCUGGAUGCCAGAGAAGCUGCUGGAACGCGACUUGCGAUCAACUGGCCUUCAAGAUGGUUCCCGGCCCACGUCACGACGAAACGGCUGAUUGACGAGGGGACGAUUGGACAGGUCACCCAAGUACACUACCACGGCGGGAACCGCGGUCCACUCUACCACCUCGCCGACAAGGUUGAGGUCUCUGAUGAUGAGGUGCAGCGGAAGAAGUCGGACUCCUGGUGGUACAAGAAGGAGUCCGGAGGCGGAUCGCUACUGGACUAUCUCGGGUACGGGGCGACCCUGGGGACGUGGUUCAUGGACGGACGUGCGCCCCUGAAGGUGACCACGGUGACGUCCGCUGGCGAGGGUAUCGAGGUCGACGAGCACUCUAUCACCAUUUGCCAGUACACCACAGGGCUGUCGAAGUUUGAGACCCGCUGGGGCACCUUCACAGACCCUUGGACCAUCCAGCCACAGCCCAGGUGCGGGUUCGUGGUGGUCGGUAUCGAGGGCACGAUUUCGAGCUACGACUAUGAUCCGCACGUGGGCGUCCAGACCAAGGACCAGCGUGAGAUCACCAAAAUCCCUGCUGACGUCUUGCAAAGCCCCUACCGCGAUCCGAUUGAGUAUGUUCUUCACUGCAAGGAAAACGGCAAGCCGAUCACCGGGCCCCUAGAUCCCAUGCUCUGUUUCACCGCCCAGCGCAUUAUCGACACGGCCGUGGAGUCUGCGAAGCAAGGCAAAACCUUAGAACUUCUUGAAUAG